AUGAAGGCCCUUGCCGCGAAAGCCCUGCAUCCGCGGCGACAUUCGCUGCAUGAGAAUCCCUCCUCUCAUUACAAACCAGUCAGAAAUCGCAGUGAACUGCACUUUUCAUGGGACGAGACCAAUCCGAACAUUGUCAUCUCUGCAGACAAGGCCGACUUCGACCCCCUGAUACUCGAGGGGUUUAAAGAAGAAGGGUUCGAUAUCGCAUAUCUACCGCAUACAGACAACCCCAAGAAGUUUGACUCUCAACUUCAGAGUCUGCAGGACUCAAUGGAGUUUGGGAACAAGUACGCGAUAGUGGUCGUUGCAUACUAUCCUACCUAUCUCCCUAACUUCGAUACCAGGAGCAUUUCUUCCCUCAGAGUGAAAAUACACCUGGCAGGGUCGCAGGUGCUCGUUGGCAAAGAACAUUGUUAUGUUUAUGCCAAUUCCCAAGUUGGAUUUGCUCAGCACGAUUCAACACAGUAUAAUCCUGUCACUGCAAGGCUGGCGUGGACCCGAACAGUGGCCUGCCUCAGGGAUGGGUUCGAGCUAAAACCAGACUUGGAGCCUAUAUGGGAGCGGCAUCUUCUAAUGAAGUAUGCUUCCAAGGACCUUGAGAGGACUUUACAUACGUUUGCAGAGGGAUCACGCAUUAACUAUGUCCCUACUCGCACUGGAGGCAUCGGCUAUGACGAAAUCCGCCGUUUCUAUGAGGAAGAAUUUAUCCCUCGGAACCCACCAUCACUGCAGAUUCAGCUUAUCUCCCGUACCCAAGGGAGUAGCCAUGUCGUUGACGAGAUGUAUCUCUCUUUCCAGCACACUCAGGAGGUUCCCUGGAUCCUCCCGAGAAUACCACCGACGAAUGAGACGGUGGAGAUAGCCAUCGUUAGUGUGGUGAGCUUCCGAGGAGGGAAGCUCUGCCAUGAGAACAUUUACUGGGACCAGGCCAGCGUGUUAGUUCAAGUUGGUUUACUAGAUCCAACGUAUAUACCCCCAAGCUUCAACCCUAUUACGAAUGGUAUCAAUGGCCUUCAUGGUGUGAGAGAACUCCCUGUUAGCGAUGGUGGAAGUGCUCGCAGUAUCUUGCAGGAGUAG